CAUUGUCCCUUUUUUUGUUCCCUUUCGAUUUUUUUUUUUCAGUGGACCUAUUCUUUGAUCCUUUUUCUGUCUUGUUAUAUUUUUCUUCAUUGUUCCCCCUCUUUCCUUUCCUUUUGAUUCCCCAUCCCUUUCAUUUUCAACUUUUUGCCUGUCAACUUUUAUAUCUGUAUCAUCACUCAUUCAUGGGCAACACCGCAUCACAACAAUCUCCUGUACCGGACGUUGUAUCGAAAAACCUGUCACCUAAAGCGCAACGUCGACUAUCGCAGAGCCCAUAUGUCCAACACUUUUUUGAAGCCGCGGCAGGGGCCGGUGCUGGGAUGAAUCGACGCAAGUUUUCCAGUACGAGUUCAUCGAUCGGCAGUAACCUCAGCAGUCUUUCGUCGACUCGCACAGAAGAUAAUGCCAUCCUACCACGUUCUUCCAACCGUUCCCUGUCGACUGUUUCCGAAACUGGCACGAUGACGCCCAGCAGCACCACUACCACGGUCGUCGAUGCAACGGCUGUCGGCACAUUGUCAGCGUCCGAUCAUGUUGCGCCAGUAGAAUUUACCAUGCAGGAAGGUCGUCGUUACAUCGAUUCUCCCGAUAUCCAGUACCUGCUACCGUGCGAUGAUGACGAGUCGGAUCGUUUAGUGAUUCUUCAUUUUUUGUUAAAGUAUGCCCUUAAUGGCAACUUUGUUGCCCCUGUGAGGUCCAUCUUGCAAGAUUCUGAAUCCCGAGCCCAAGUGUUGGACGUAGGAUGUGGCCCCGGUACAUGGGUUCUCGAAAUGUCGACCGAUUAUGGAAAUGCAGACUUUUACGGGGUCGAUCUGUGUACCAUGUUCCCUACCACCAUCAAACCUUCCAACGCUUAUUUCCAUCACCACAACUUCAUCACCGACGGAUUACCCUAUGCCGAUGAAACAUUCGAUUACAUCCAUAUGCGGCUAAUGCUGUGUCAUUUAUCGCACACGCAGUUGCUUAAGCUUCUGGAGGAGAUGGAGCGCGUGCUCAAACCAAUGGGUCACAUUGAAAUUCUCGAUGUCGAUUAUGCGAUACAACGACCAGGUCCCUUGAGCGAAACCGUUUUCAAUCAAUACCUGCGGGACCUGUUGCGGUCGCUUAAUGUGGAUAUGUUUUUGAGCCAGCAUUUAUCGACAUUAUUAAUGACGCAACCUUCUGAUCGAGGGUUUGUGGACGUGCAUCAGGAACGUGUGGCGAUUCCGCUGGGUUGGGGUAGCCAGACAAGCGAGAUCCAUGCCCAAAAUUUUGAAGCGUAUGUACGAUCAUUGAACCCCAAACUGCGUCAAGGCCGUAUGACCAGCAGCGAUAUUCAGGAAAUGAUGGAGGAAUGCAAGCAAUAUCAAUCCCAUCUUCAUUGGUAUACUUGUCACGGCCGCAAGCCAGCGGCGAAUGCGGCUCCAAUGACGCAUUGGCGAGUCGCUAUCGAUACACCGCCUUCUUCCAUUUCUCCUUCUCCCCUCACCACUCCUUCUUCUGCCGUGAUGGAAGCGACUACAUGGGAAACCAUCAAUGACUUUGUUGACGGUUAUGUCGAUUAAUUCUUUGUUGCUUUCCUCGUCGUCUCACGUUACCCUCCACACCAUCUUGCCUUUCAUUUUGCUUUCUCCAUACCCCUUACCGUUCAUCAUCCCACGACCACCAACGCAACUCUUUUUUGUUUUCCCUUUUUCCCUUCCUGUUCAUUUUAUGAUCUUCCUCUUUUAAAAAUAAUUAUGUAUAUAAUGGUGCCAAAAAUUGCAAGUAAAUACAAGAAAAUUACAAAGUAAAAAACGUGAAUAAUGAUCAUUAAUUGAUUGGAUGUCUACAUCUUUAG